CCUUCUCCAUCGUCUCGUCUUGGUAGGUGGUGGAUGGCCGGCGCGGGGAUCGACCGCGUGACGGCGUGAGGUGCGGCGGCGGCGGCGGCCAUGGCGCUCGCGCAGGGCACCGGCGACUUCUCCGUGGUGGUGCUGGGCUCCGACUUCGCGGUCGACGCCGGCGCCGUGCUCCUCAACCCGGCCGACCGGGAGGAGUGGCACGACUGCCUCCCCGACCUCUCCGCGCCCGCCGACGGCGAGGACUUCUCCGACCUCGAAGAGCUCCAGGUCGUCCGCGUCCAGGGCACCGACAGGGCCGGGAGGCGCAUCGUCCGCGUCGUCGGCAGGUUCUUCCCUGCUCCUGUCAUAGGUGGUGAUCGUCUGAAGAAGUAUGUUCUUCACAAGCUGCGCACCGAAUUGCCAGAGGGGCCAUUCUGCCUUUUGUACAUGCACAGCACUGUGCAGUCAGAUGAUAACAACCCUGGUAUGUCAAUCUUGAGGGGGGUCUAUGAAGAUCUUCCACCUGAAUACAAGGAGAGACUGCAGAUCUUAUACUUCUUGCAUCCUGGGCUUCGCUCUAGGUUGGCCAUCGCCACGCUUGGCAGGCUCUUUUUAAGUGGAGGUUUGUAUUGGAAAAUCAAGUAUGUUAGUCGGCUGGAGUAUCUUUGGGGGGACAUCAGAAAGGGGGAAGUUGAAAUUCCAGAUUUCGUGAUUGAUCAUGAUAAGAUUCUUGAGCACCGACCACUGACAGACUAUGGCAUAGAACCAGAUCCUCUGCAUCUUGCUGAUAUGCCUGCUGUGGGGUACUCGCUCGGAAGGUAUGAAGACAAAUGGUCUCCUGAAGAUCGAUGGUAUUCUCGCAAUUACAUGUGAGAAUUUGAUAGCUUGAUGGUAUUCUCGCAAUUUGAUAGCCGAAGCAUUCAAGAUUCAUGUAUAUAUAAUAAAACUGUAUGGUAAUGUUGUGUGAUUGUCAGUUUGUUGGGAAUUCAUAUAGGGCUGCUUCGGCAUCGUAGGGUAUAUAUUGCAUGCAAAAGGCAUACAUUUCAAUUUCCCAAUUUAAUCUCCGUCGAACACUAUGCCCAGUCGAACACUAUGCCUAAUGUUGUUUGACAGUCGACAUAUAGUGAUUGAGAACUGUAAGCGUAAUUACAUCUUAUGUCUUUUAUGUUUUC